AUGUUGGGCGAAAAUUAUUUUAAAAACAAGAAGAAGAAUUCGAAUAAACCACCGAAACCAAUCAGUUCAAUUCCAUCAUCUGCACCACUUGAGUCUUCAUAUCUUUCUGGUCCAUCAACUUCAACUGCAACUCCUCCAUUCGAUCAAUUAGAUCAAGAAGCAUCUACUCCACCACCGAAAAUUUCAAGAUCAUAUGCUAUUCCAAAAGCAACAAAACCGGAGUUUAAAGGGAUUCUUCAAAAAAGACUUCAACAAAGUAUCCUUCUAUAUGGAGGCGAUGGAGAUGCAGAAAUAAAUACUCCUGAGUCUUUGGAUGAUAUUUUGGAGAAGUUAUCUUAUCCAACACCAGAGGAAACUUUUGAAGAUUUUUUUGAAUACAAACGAGAUUUGAGAACUUCGCUCGAACGAAAUUUGGAGAAACAUAAUGAAGGAUGGCUUCAACACGCUGCUCACUGCUAUUGUUUCUUUGAAACUGGAUACGAUGAGCUUAGAAAUGGACAACAAAACUUGUAUCGGUCAUACGGUCAUUGUCCACAAAAAGAAUUUCUGAUGGAGACAAAUGAGGAUCUUCAGAGAAUCUAUAAAGACAUUAUUGAUAGAAAUAUUACUGAGGAACUCAAAGAAAUCAAUGAUUAUGUUUAUUCAAUGAAAAAUAGAGAUCAAAUUGAGGAAGCGUGUUCCACUAGAAAAGGACUCCUCGACUUCUUCUCUAAUAAUCCAGUGGAUUAUUUGAUGAGAGAGAAAUUCAAAACUUGUCUUUUAUUCUGUGAUCUGAUUGUAUUAACUGUGAGAUCUCAUAACCUAAUAAUCAAUGAUAUCGAAGAAAGUUUCUCAAUUGACGGGCUUCCCCGUAAUAAGAAAUACUGUAAAUUCAAAGAUGGAUUCGUGUCAGUUUUGGAGACAAUGAGGGCUUAUAGAGACAAAUUUAUGAUUGAUAUAUCACGAUCCCAACGUUUUGUUUUGAUGAAUCUCAUUCAAAUGAUGCCAAAAUUCCUAGGAACAGCAGUUGAUGAAUACUUUGAAUUUGAUGAAAAUGCAAAGAAAUGGCAAGAAUUGAAAAUGAUUCGAGAGGAAGAAGCAAGAACAAAAGAGAGAAUUCCAUUCAAUUUAGAUACUUAUAUUAAUGGUGAUUAUUUAUAUAGAAAGUUCCUUCGUCGGAAACUUUCAAAAGAGAAUUUUGAUAUGUUCAAGGCAGUUUGCACUAUGGAUAAUGAUGGAAUAUUACAGUUUGAUCGCAAGAAAAUGCUCGUUGAAAAUAACAGUGGAAAACCAACUAUUAUAUUCCCUCCGAAUCUUACAAGAAAACUCGAGCAACAAUUCGAAGAAUUCUCAAUUGAAUAA